AUGAAAGAUGCUGGCACUGAUACUUCGUUAGACAUGGUAGUCACUGAAGUUUUUGAAAUUGCCCCGAAAUCUACUACUAUCUCUUAUAACAAAGAGGUCCAGACAAGCGAAGAUUGGGCCAGUGGGACAAAUACCAAGUCUGCUUCUGGGAUUGAAGAUUACGACGAAUUUGAUUAUUCUGUAAAUAUGGCUCAGCGAAAGCAAUUGGAAGAUAAAAUCAGAACUGAAUUGGAAGAGCUAUAUAAAAAGGAAAACGAAGAAGUUUUAAAGAAUAACCGCACCCUGUCAAAUGAUGAACCUGGUUUAAAUGCCAAUGGCACCCCGGAUGUUAGCAGGCCAACUAUAUUAUCUGACAAAGAGGCUUCUCAAAUAUCAGCUAGACAGGAUUUUGAAAACUUUUGGUCUCAAUCAUGGAAGGUUAUCAACCGGGCAGCUGAGGAAGAUACGAAUUAUAAUAUUCUGCGAAAUUACGCCGAGUCGCAGAAUUCAGACGCACAGCAGCAAAGCCGAAAUUCACUUACGGAAAUAACUCAUUUAUAUUCAAAAGACUCUGUUGGACGAGCAGUUACAUAUAUUGAUUGGUCCCCCAAAUUCCCUGAAUUAAUAGCUGCUGCUUAUACAGAAAAAUCUUCUGACCCCCAUGCCACCAAAGGAUUAAUACAAAUUUUCAACUUACAUGCACCUAAUCAACCUGAAUAUACGUUGACCGCUCAGAGUGAUAUUUUGGUGGUAAAAUUCUCUCCUUUUGACUCGAAUUUGAUAUUUGGAGCUGCAUACAAUGGUCAAGUAUUGGCAUGGGACCUUCGAUCUAAAGGUUCUCGACCACUUCUUAGUUCACAAUUGUCAGGCAAAGCUCAUACUCAUCCUGUUUACUCAUUGGAGAUAAUUGGAACUCAAAAUGCAUACACUUUGAUUACAGCUAGUACCGAUGGCACUGUUUGUACAUGGACGCCAGACAUGCUCGCUAAACCACAAGAAAAAAUUACCCUACAAACUAAUUCUAGCUCCCUACGUAAUGAUGAAGCAGCGCCUACAUCAUUAGCAAUCCCGACUCGUGAUCAAGCCCAGUUUCUUAUCGGCACAGAAGAAGGCGCUAUUUAUCAAUGUUAUCGAUUUGGUCAAGCUGGUUCUCGACCUGGUAUUGAUCAUCGUAAAUCAUACCGGGGCCAUACUGGUCCAGUCACAUCAGUAGACUUGCAUCCCUCCUCUGGACCAGUUGAUUUUGGAAAUUAUCUUCUGAGCAGUGGUAAUGACUGGUCAAUAAAGAUAUGGUUGGUCUCUCUAAUCUCAUCCCAUGGCUCUAAUUUGAGCAGUACUGCCUCCUCUGCACCAGCUAAUCGUGGAGAAAUAAUCCGUCCUAUUUUGGAUAUUAAACGCGAUGAUGUGGUCUAUGAUAUUUCAUGGAAUCCAAACCAUCCCUCUAUUUUUGCUGCUGUUGAUGGUACAGGUCAUGUUGAAGUAUGGAAUCUUCUGACAGAUACUGAGGUGCCAGUUGUUCGUGCCAAGCCAUCCAAUAUCGAGAAAAACAUUGUAGGAAGCAAUUAUCUCAAACGUCCUCUAAACAGAGUUUCCUGGGAAAAGACGUCCGAGGCAAGGCGUCUUGCAGUUGGCGGAUUGAAUGGUAGUAUCACUAUUUUGGAGCUUGAUACGACUCUUAUUGGUUCGUCUCCCAAGCCUGAGCACUGGGCACAAUUAAAACGUCUCUUUGAACAACUUGAGUCGUAA